UCCCUUGAAGGGGUGCUCAUCAUUUCCCUUUCAUCCACAUCCCCCAGAUUGUGCAAACCUUUGGAAUACACCUUCUCCUAUUCCUUACACUCUACCUUGUUUGUUUUCUCCACCUUUUUUGAAUUACAUGAUGCUAACACAUCAAAAUUAUUAGAUGACGAUGGAAGGUAAUUGAAUUCUACCAGAAUUUAUUGAUGAAAUAUUAUAGGCAAGUUGACAGUUCCAGACACCAGAAGCAUUUAAGACACAAUAAGAUUAAAGGGUUAAUUAGGUAACACCUGGAGAUACAUGGUCAAAAUAUGGUUUGCAAACAUUCUUAACUCAAUCAUUGCAAUAAAAUUUCACUUUCUAAGAAAGAAAGGAAGAACAUCAACAAGAAACUAGUAUUGUACAUGUGCCUCUCUAUGUCCUUAAGAAAGGUUGUAGAAAAUCUCCCACUCAGUCCAACAAAAAGUUUCUUACAUUAACAGAAUACACAAUGUACCUGGAAAAGAUUUCUUUGAAGCAUAUCAUAUCAUUAGCAGUAAGUUGAAACUAAGGUCACUGUUAGAAUUUACCAUAAUAUAUCAUCACCUACCACCUCCACUCAACUCACCUACCACACACACUCACCUACUCCCCAAUCCUCUCCUAUAUAAUUAGUACCUCACCAUCUGUAAUUUACAUAACAAUCACAAUCAAUAACAAUCAAUAAUACAUAAAUUCUUACAUGGUAUCAGAGCUAUAGGUUAAAGAUCUUGGUGUUCUUCGCCUUCCGGCGGGCGGCAACCUUACCUUGACCGUCCGCCGGAUCUCAACCAAUUCAAACCUCCAUUCAUUAUAUCCUCUCUCGGUUUAGGGUUACCACCUCUGCGUUUCAACCUCUCAGACAUUGAAUCCCUUUCUCUCUCUCUGAAAUGGCAGGAAGCGGUGUUGUAACAGUCUACGGCAAUGCAGCAAUCACCGAAACCACGAAGAAAUCCCCUUUCUCAGUGAAGGUAGGCCUCGCCCAGAUGCUCCGCGGCAGAGUCAUCAUGGACGUCGUCAACGCUGACCAAGCUCGCAUCGCGGAGGAGGCUGGCGCCUGCGCCGUCAUGGCCCUGGAACGCGUCCCGGCCGACAUCCGUUCCCAAGGCGGCGUCGCCCGCAUGAGCGACCCCCAACUCAUCAAGGAGAUCAAGCAAGCCAUCACUCAAUACAUACACACCAGCUUUCACACACACACCGACAGCAGCUGUUCAAAGCUGCCUCUGAUCUCUCUCCCUCUCUUCUCAGCAAAACCUCUCUUCUCUUUUCUUUUUCUUUUAAUAUUUUACUCCACUAUCUUCUGUCUUUCACAUCAUGACACCCACUUUCUUUUCUUUUCUUUUCUUUCUUCACCAACCCCUUUUUUUAUCUAGCACAUUCAACACACAUGCACGACAUCCAGUUUUGGAAGAAUCAAUAACUAAAUAAAUCAAUAAAAAAAAAAAAAAAAAAAAAAAAAAA